AUGGCGCGAUCAUUGGCGGAUGACGAUGCAGUUCCCAACGGCUGGCGGACUCGACAGCCAGGGUGUGCCAUCUGGGUCAUCAUAGCUAUCUUUCGAGGCCUUUUAGAGGCUGUUUUCUACAGUAUAUACUACAUCCCGAGCUUUUUGCGCCAAAGUCCAAGGUGGACCUACCGCGAGGCGUACACGACACGGCUUUUCAAGGGAUGUUUUCGUAUUAUCACUGAAAUCGGGUUCACGCAAUCUUUGAGCUUGGAACCGGGCAAACUUGGCGAUCGCUGGGUGACCAUCGACCCCGCGCCAGCCUCCGCGUAUUGCGGUGACUUCACGAGCGACACUAUUAAGCCGGAGACGGUCGGCGGUACUUGGUAUCCGAAGCUACCAUCGAAGCAGUCGCUACUGGAAGAACAGGGUCUAGUGGUUUUGUCUUUCCAUUCUGGCUCGCUCCUUACGUACCGUCUCGCCGGUGGCAGUAACCCAACACCGUAUCCCGGUGCCAUGCAAGAUGCGGUAACGGCAUACAUUUACCUCAUUAAAGAAAUGGGAAUUUCUCCGUCACGCAUCAUCCUCGCAGGCGAUUCCACAGGCUCGACUAUCGCAGUAGCCCUUCUGCGCUACCUUGUCUCCAUCAAGGAUGUACAGGACCAUGAACUCGCCCACCUCCCACCUCCAAAGGCAUGUUUUUUGUUUUCGCCCUCGGUCGAGUACUGCUUUGAAGGUGAUCCUGAGGCCGUUAGCGCGAACAGGAAUAUCAAGACCGACUACGUCGAGGCGCGGCUAUCGCGCCCCCCUGAGACUGUGCGAUUGGAUGAUCCGUAUAUCUCUCCGGCACUACAUCCUUUUGCAACCCCGGUUCCAAUUUUCAUUCAGGCAGGAGGCGUGGAGGUCCUCUGUGAUAGUGUUCGUGGAUUUUUCAACGCGAUGAGCGCUAUUCCGGGCAACGUGGCCGAACAUUUCGAAGUCCCAGAUGUGCCGCACGAUAUAUAUGUUGUGGGCCAUUUGCUUGGAUGGCCGAAGGAGCAGGAAGAUAUCCAUGAGGCUGCGGCGAGAUUUGUUCUACAAUAA